AUUAGAGCGUCGUAAAAACAUUCUUGUCCGACGCUUGACGAGACCAUUUCUCUUACUCUGAGUUCUUAAGGCUUUGACGACUAACCGCAACAAGACGUGUGGCAAUACUUAGAGAGGUGGCAAAUAUUGAGGCUACGUUAGGUCUUCGCGAUGUUUCUUACGCCCCGGACCAUGAAUGAAUCGGACGACGGGAUUCUCUGGCCCAUUGGGUCGACUAUUGACGACUUUGGUGCCCUCUGGUACGUGUCGUAUUUCACCCUCAUCCCCGGUGUGAUCGCAGGAGUUUUAGCAAACGUCGUCUUCAUUGUGGUCAGCCAAGAAGUCUUCAACCAGCGACCCACCAUCCCUAACCUUCUCCUAAAGUACCUCGCGUGGACUGAUGUUCUGAACUGUACAUUCGGCCUUGUGCCAAUCAUCUUCGCCUACCAUCUUAAGAUCUUUACCAAAGGUGUCUGUGCGUUCCACGGAACUGUUUUCACCGCCUUUAGUGUCGCAUCUCAAAUGACCGUCGCCUUGAUGUCUAUUGAACGGUACAUCGCUCUAGUCCAUCCCUUCUUCUACUUCAAACAUCUUUCCAGCAACCAUAAGAAAAUCAUCAUAGCGGUCUACUCAAUAUUUGUGUACUCGGCGGUCUCGGCGAGUUUGCCGCUCUUUGGGUUAAACAGAAACGUGCCCCAUCCACCGAAUUCGUACUGUAUGUUCGACUGGGCUGACCAAACGCCAAAGGGCCGUCUGGUAGUGUAUCUAAACCUACUGAAUAUUUUCAUUUGCCUACUUAUAAUCGUGAUAAUGAACGGGAUACUAGGUGUGUACAUGUAUCGGCUGAGGAAACUUCGUCCGCGGGUGCCUAGCGUAUCCACCACAUCUGGGAAUAACCAGUUGCCGAUCGAUUCUCGAGAUCGAAAGCUUCAGCUUCAGAUGACGAAACUGACACUGGUGGUUGCGGUGGUGUUCUUCUGUUGUUGGUUUCUCUUUGGUUUACGAAUCCUAACAAAUCAGCUCGGAGUGUGGAGAGACGAUGGCCUUGAUUGGUUCUCAUCUCGCUUCAUGACGUUGAACAGCGUCAUCAACCCUUUUCUCUACGUCAUCAUGUGGAAACCCUACCGCAGAGGAUGCUGGAUGUUGUUGAAGACCUGCCUACACUACAUGACCUGUACCUUGGUCACACGACCGACAAUGACACUGUCUGAAACUGUUUCCGCAUAGAUUUUUAUGCGGAACUAAAACAGAAACAUGUACAUAGUAGUAGGGGUUUCCAUCUUACAACAUGAGCGCAUAUUGUAUACUAUCUGGGUUAAACAUAACGUGAUGUGUAUCGAACGAUAUAAUGUUACUACUUGACAUAAUGAAUAUCAUCUGACUGUAUCUAACUGAGGGUCUGAUAUAACGUUAUAUAAAAAUUGGGAAAUUAUUUCCAAAAAGACUUGACAUUUUGUCAAUCGACAAAUAUCUGUGAGAUACUAGUUGUUUGUUUUUCUCUUUUGUUCAGAAAAAAACACUUUCCGUAAAACUUUAUUUGCUCUUUGACUGUUUAGUUUAGCCCCCAGAAAAGCUGGUGACAACUCUU